GCAAAACUACAAACAUCAAUGCAUAUUUAAAUAUUGAAGAUAAUUUUUUUUGUUAAAUGCGAUUUAAUUUUUACUAUCAAUAAUCAGUUAUACUAAUUUUAUUGUGUUGAAAAUAACAGUGUAUUUUUCGGAACUAAUACAGAAGGACAUAGAUUAGAAAUAAUUAGAUGCGAAUGAACAACAGGUCGAAAACAAUUUUUUAAAAUGAAAUUAGAAAACGAAUGGGAUAAACUUAUAGAGCUGCAAUUUAAAUAUCAAGAAAAUGAUGAUCUAACUAUAAGUAAGAAACAUAACCUAGGAAAUUUUUUUUCAGAUAAGGCAAUGGUUGUAGUAAGCAGUAACUGGGUGAAAAAUGUUGCUACAUACCCGCCUUCAGAUGUUAUUGACGAUGUGGUGAUCAACGAAAAUAUGGCAGCCAAAGCGAUCUUGACCUGUCGUCCUAACUCCCAUCAUUUUCAAGAACGUACCUUGAUACUAGAUCAGCCCGUUAAAGUGGGUAGAUCUAUCGCAAGGGCCAAACCCACCGGUACAAACGCCAUUUUUGAUUGUAAGGUAUUAUCUAGACACCAUGCGCUGCUUUGGUAUGAAAAUGGUAAAUUUUUUCUACAGGAUACGAAAAGCAGUAAUGGAACUUUUGUAAAUAAUAGUCGAUUGACUCAAGAUAACGGCCAUCAUGAGCUCAGUUCAGGUGAUAUAGUGCAAUUCGGAGUGGACGUUAUAGAAAAUAAUAGAAAAGUCACUCACGGUUGUAUCAUUGCGACCAUAAAAUUAUAUUUGCCUGACGGGAAAGAAGCAAAAGCCAGUCCUAUAGCUGAUGGAAAUACCCACGGUAUAGUUCCUCUAGAUGAUCUUUACCGUUUAAAUCAAAUAAUACAAGAGGCGAAUCAACGAGAACAAUGUCUAGAGACUAAAUUAACCGAAUUACAACAUGUGGUGGACGAAACGAGAAAAUCGGCCGAAGAAAGUUGGCAGGCCUACGUCGGUGAAGAACGUCUUCUAUCAAGAGUGUCUGCACUAGAAACGCAAUUACAAAGGGCUAGUAAAAAUUGGAGUGAAGAAAGAUUUAGAGAGGAAUUAACAAGGUUGCAGGAAGACAACGAAGCUUAUCAAAUAUCCGCUAAAGCUGCUCUGGAAAAACUCCACGCCGAUAGGUUACAAGCACUAGCUUUAGCAGUGGAACAAGAAAGGGCUCGAAUAUCCGCUGAACAGGAAGCUCUAAUAGCAAAGGAACAAUUUGCUCAAGCUCAAGUCGAAUUAGAGGAAAUAGCGAGGCAAUUAGGGGAACAACAAUUAGAAGCGAAUGAACAACGUACCAAAUUGGAACAGUGCAUACAAGAUCUAGAAACGAAAUUAGAAACCGAAUCGGCCAAACUAUUAGAAUUACAAUUGAAAUUUCAGGAAAAAAAUGCCUUAACUUUGUCUGAUAUACAAAAUCUGGGAUCUAUAGUAUCGGAAACUCAAUCGCAUAUUAUUUAUAACGACGAUAUGAAAUGCAAAGAAGAUAUGCUUAGUGAAAAUGAAGACAGCGAAUCUCUUACAAACCAAUCGAACGGCUUAAGUAGUCACAUAAAUCUAACAGUAGGACCUGUAGAAGAAAAGUACGAAUCCGAAAAAGUCGAAUUGGAACCAAAUGCAGAUGAGAAAAACUCGAAUGAUUUAAGAAAUGAACAACACGAAGAAGUUAAACGGGUUACAUUUAACAUACCGGAUGAUUCGGAAUCUGACCAGGACAAAACGGACCCUUCAGAUGAAUCCGAAGAAUCGACCGAAAGGGCGGACACAGUCGAUUCGAAAACGCUCAAAUAUCAAUUCCACGCCGCGCAAAACGAACUGAAACGAAAAAUCGAAACGUUGGAAUCGAUAGGAAACACGUACAGGAACAAAAUAGUCGAAUUAGAUAAAGCCCUAAACGAAGAGAAAAUCAUAUCGAAAGAUAGGACAGAAGAAAACGAAGUAUUAAAACAAGAAGUCGUACUACUCAGACAGAAAUGGAAAGAAUGUUCCAACGAAAAUCAACAAUACAGGGAUAAAAUGUCCGCCCUCAAUUCGGAAUUAGAAACCGCUUUAGAAAAAUUAAAACAAGCCGCGGAAACGAAAGAGAAAAUCGAAAACGUACCGGCCGAACCGAACAUAUUAAAACCGUUCGUAUCAUUGGAGCAACUGGCUCAAAUAGAAGAAGAACUUGUGUUGCUGAAAGAACGUUACGCUCAAGUUAGCGAAGAUAAGAUGGCGUUGCGACACGAUUUGGCAACGCUGAAGACUCAAUACGACGCUAUCUGCAACCGUUUCUAUAACAAAUUUUUCUGGUACGUCGCCCCACUAGUCGCCAUGGUGUUUUACCUUCUAAUCAGCGCCAUGAUAUCUUGAUUCGCGGCGAUAAUUUUGUUAUUCUUUUAUUUUUUCAUCGAGUUUCUUUUAAAAAUUAUUAAUGAGACGUAAUGAAGCGUCGAACGGCGAAAGUGGGAGAACGUGUACUAAGGAAACUUCAAAUUAUACUUUCGCGUUAUUUUAAUCGUUAGAUUUUGAUACAAAUCGAUUUGGAAUCGAUUUUUCUUACUUAUUGGUUGAUGAUAGGGUUUUGUACCAAAAAGUGACUUGGACUUAGAUCAAAUUAACCUACAAAAUUUCGUUUAAACCGAUGAAAUACUAGAAUUAGACUGUUUGUAUCCUUUUAAUUCCUUAAUGAAGGAAAUAUCAUCAAAAAUUGAGUAAAAUCCUGGUUUGGCUCAAAAUUUUUUAGCUGAUGAUGAGAUAUUUCGAUUUUACUGGUGGAUUUAGACGUGCCUCUUUCGAUUUUCAUUUAAUAAUGUUUUUUGGAUUGGAUUAAUGUUUUGGUCUCAUUUGUACCGAUUUUUUUUUUCUAUUUUCACCUUUAAAUUAAGUCAAAAAUUAAUGUUUUCCAUUAUUAUCCACUGGAGACUUGUCUUUCCAUGUUUGUGAUCUGAAACUAUAAUCAAAAGUUGCCCCUUAUUGACAACAGUAGAAUUUUGGAGAAAAUUUGUGGAUCGUUUCUUCUUUUAAUCAUUUUAUGACGUCCUUGUUACGAUUCCAGGAUUAUUCUUCUUCUUUUCCUUUUACUCGUCCAGGUGUUCGAAUGAGUAAUUUUGCUCUUCUUGUACCGAUUUCUUCUUCUGUCUUCGGUUCUUUCUCCAUAAUUAUCAACUUAAACUCCAUUUCCAUUACAAAUUACCGUCACUCAAACAAGUUCCCGCUAUAAAUGAAGAAUUUUCUCAAUUUUUUCCACUUAAACUCCUUUUCCAUUAAAAAUUAUCAUCAUUUAAACAAUUUAGGGCUGUAAAUAAAAAGUUUUUUCGAUUAUUAUCCUCUUAAACUCCUUUUCCAUUAAAAAUAAAGAGUUUUCUCCAUAAUUAUCCGCAUAAACUCCUUUUCCAUUAAAAAUUACUGCCAAUAAAACACUUUUUGACUUAUAAUAAAGAGUUUUCUCCAUAAUUGUCUACUUAAACUCCUUUUCCAUUAAAAAUUAUCACCUAACCAAUUUAGGGCUAAAAAAGUUUUCUCGAUUAUUAUCCUCUUAAACUCCUUUUCCAUUAAAAAUGAAGAAUUUUCUCAAUUAUCCACUUAAUUUCUUUUCCAUUAUAAAUGAAGAGUUCUCUCCAUUAUUAUCCAUUAAAAACUUUCCUAGUAUUGAUUGUCCAUUACUGUAAUAAAAUUCAUUUUGCGAAUUUUCUGGUGAAUUAAUAGUGAAAAGUUAUCCUAAACUUUCUAUUCUAACAUUUGGGGAGCUUCCUGUUAAGUACAACACUCUGUAGAAUUCACUUUAUAACGUUAAUAUGUAAAAACCGAGGUAAAGUAUUGAUUUCAACGAUUCUUCUGUUUUUUGUUUUGUCAUUGUGAAUCGAGUGAAAUCCAUUACAUCAAUCGAAUGGAUUUUUCUCACUUCAAUGUAUUACUCUUAACUUUUAUUUACUCUAUUUUCUCAUAUUUACAAGUUAAAUGCUGUUUCCAAAGUUUCUAUUAUCAUUUGUGAUUGUGAAUCGAAUUAAAACGCAUUAGAUCAAUCGAAUCGAUUUUAAUAUCGAUUUCGUUCACUUUAGUGUAUUACUCUUGACUUUUAUUUACUCUAUUUUCUUAUAUAUCAAAAGAGAGAUUCACGAGCAUGCGUACAAGAUUAGAUUAACAAUCGAUUUUUUUUCGAUGACACGUUCCUCUACUUACUGCCAAAAAGAAUCGAUGUUGAUGACACUAAUACCUAAAUAAAUGUGUUCAACUAGUGAAAAAUUUAAAUAACUCAAUAUCGAUAUAAAUCGAUUAUUUCGAUGCUAUCCGAUAUCACGGUGAUCGUUAAAUAUUUAUUCAUAUCUCAUUGUAUUGACGACGUCAAAGUAUUGAUUGCAAUUUUUCGAUUUCGUCGAUAAGCGAAUGAAAAUUUCUUGUGGUGCAACCGCGAAAUUUAAAAAUAUUUUUUCAACAUUUUUCUACGUGUUGAAAAUGUUGAAGUGGCUUAAGAUUGCAGUGAUGCGACUGAUAAUUUGUUUCGAUGAUAUUACAAUUUGGGAUAUUUUGUUUUUGUUCUUUGAAAUCCUUUUAAAAAAAUAUGUAGAACUGUUUAUUAAUUGGAAAUCCAAAAGAAGAAAAUGGCGUGCUUUAGUCAUUUAUAAUUCGAUAAAAAGAAGUGGUCUACUGAUUGAUAUGUAUUAUUCUUCUUUUUUAAAUCGAUAAAGAAAAUGGUCUAUUAAUGGUAACGUCGUCUUACUUUUUAAUCUUCGCUUAACAUACAGAAGUUUUUUGAUUUAUAUUCAGUAUAAUUCGCGAGGUUUUGGUAUAUUUGAACUACUGUAAUAAUUAGAAAUAUUUUUAAAUCAUUUUACUUCAAUAAAAUGACUAUUUUUUCAUUUUAUAUCAAAUGUGAUGUAAAUAAUAUGGUCAACUGACGUCUUCUUUUUUUAAUCUUCUGUCGGUUUUUUAAGGUUCUUCGUUUAUGGACUGAGGUGACCUUUUCUUCUUUUUUAAUAUUCAUAUUGACAUACAGAGAAGUUUCAGCUCAAUGAAAUGGCGAUUUUUUUUUUCAUUUUCUACUUAAUGUAGUGAAAAGUUUGUAUAUGAAGUCAGUCGACGUUGUCUUCUUCGUUUUUUUAAAUUUUCUGUUAGUUUUAUAAAAGAUUCUUUGUUUAUGAACUGAGGUGACGUUUUCUUCUUUUUUUAUUGUUCGUUGUGACUACUAUAACAAUAGACAAUAUUCCUAGAACGUUUUAGUUCGAUAAUAUGACGACUUUUUUGUCAUUUUCUACCUAAUGUGGUGACAGGUUUGUUUAUGAAGUCAGUCGACGUCGUCUUCUUCUUUUUUUAAUUUUCUGUUAGUUAUAUACAAAGUUAUUUGUUUAUAAAGUAAGGCGACGCCAUCUUAUUUUUUCAUCUUCUGUUUAUAAGGUCGAGUAACGUCGCCUUCUUCUUUUUUAAUUUUCUUAUUGAUAUAUGGGAUAUUCUUCGUUUUAUAUUAAUUUUAAUUUGCGAGGUUUUAGUACAUUUGAACUACUGUAAGAAAGCGCAAUAUUUUUAAAAGUUUUUAUUCCAUAAAAUGAUGAAUUUGGUCAUUUUACCACCAUAAAGGUUAUAUUAAUUUCUGUUUCUUAAACUCUAGUUUGUUUGUUUGUCAAGUUAAAUGAACUCUUCUUCUUUUUUAAUCUUCUCUUUGUUAUAUAGAACGUCCUUCGUUUGUCUUAAAUUUAGUUUAAUUCGUCAGGUUUUGAUACAUUUGAACUACUAUAACAGUGGGUGCUAUUCUUAAAAAUUGUGCCUGUUUUAUUUCAAGAAAAUUCAGUCAUUUUCCACUAAAUUUGGUGAAAAUAUUUCGUUAAUCAAAUCAGAUGACGUCGUUUUCUUCUUUUUUUUUUUCAAUCUUUCUUUAUCUGUUUGAAAUUUUUUUUCACGUUCAAAAUGGCCAUUUUGUACAUUUGAACUACUUUAAUAUUCAACAGUU